GCGCCAUCGGCGGCGGCGACGCGCGGCGCACCCAGCUCGCUUCCCCUCGCGCGGGCCGUACGGCCGGGGCCGCCGGAGCAGCCACCGCCUCGCCUCGCGCCCGCCGCCUGGGCCCCGAGCCCACCCCCGCCAGCCCGCCUCCCGGACUCGGCCCGCCACCCUCGGAGCACGGCCGGCCAUGGACGCCGGCAAGUUGGAGCCGAGCGGGAGUGUGUGAGCGCGCCGGGUGCCGGGAGCCCGCGCUGGGCAGCCGGACGCGCCGGGGGUGGGUCCCUGCGCCCCAGCCCGGCUCUGCGUGGAAGAAGAGGGCGGGGACCGGCGUGGGGAGGAGAGCAGAGGAGGAGAAGGGGGCAUGACUCGGGCAACUUGCGGCGGGCAUCUGCCGAGCCUCUGAGCCGGCAGCGGCCCGGGGCCCGAUUGCGGCCGCGCGGAGCCCAGCCCUGCCCAGCCCGCCUCGGCCGACGGCUGCGGGCUGACCUGGAUCCUCGGAGCGCCCGCCGGCCGGGAGUGAUCCGCCCUCAUCUUCCGGGCUGGUUUCUGGAGAACGAGGAGCGCUCUCCUCGCGGCCACUGGCGCAGGACCCCCGGCCCCCGAUGGCUCGGAUGGGGCUUGCGGGCGCCGCCGGACGCUGGUGGGGACUCGCUCUCGGCUUGACUGCAUUCUUCUUGCCAGGUGCCCACGCCCAGGUGGUCCAGGUGAAUGACUCCAUGUACGGCUUCAUCGGCACGGACGUGGUGCUGCACUGCAGCUUCGCCAACCCGCUGCCCGGCGUGAAGAUCACCCAGGUCACGUGGCAGAAGGCCACCAAUGGCUCCAAGCAGAACGUGGCCAUCUACAACCCGGCCAUGGGCGUCUCCGUGCUGGCCCCCUACCGGGAGCGCGUGGAGUUCCUGCGGCCCUCCUUCACCGACGGCACCAUCCGCCUCUCCCACCUGGAGCUGGAGGAUGAGGGGGUCUACAUCUGCGAGUUUGCUACCUUCCCGACGGGCAACCGGGAGAGCCAACUCAACCUCACUGUGAUGGCCAAACCCACCAACUGGAUAGAGGGCACCCAGGCAGUGCUUCGAGCCAAGAAGGGGCAGCAAGACAAGGUCCUGGUGGCCACCUGCACCUCGGCCAACGGGAAGCCCCCCAGUGUGGUAUCCUGGGAGACGCGGCUAAAGGGUGAGGCGGAGUACCAGGAGAUCCGGAACCCCAACGGCACAGUGACCGUCAUCAGCCGGUACCGCCUGGUGCCCAGCCGGGAAGCCCACCGGCAGUCCCUGGCAUGCAUUGUCAACUACCACAUGGACCGCUUCCGGGAGAGCCUCACCCUCAAUGUGCAGUACGAGCCCGAGGUGACCAUCAAGGGGUUUGACGGUAACUGGUACCUGCAGCGGAUGGACGUGAAGCUCACGUGCAAAGCUGACGCUAACCCCCCUGCCACCGAGUACCACUGGACCACGCUGAAUGGCUCCCUUCCUAAGGGCGUGGAGGCCCAGAACAGAACGCUCUUCUUCAGAGGCCCCAUCAACUAUAGCCUGGCAGGAACCUACAUCUGCGAGGCCACCAAUCCCAUCGGUACCCGCUCAGGCCAGGUGGAGGUCAACGUCACAGAAUUCCCCUACACCCCGUCUCCUCCCGAACACGGGCGGCGCGCGGGGCCGGUGCCCACCGCCAUCAUUGGGGGCGUGGCGGGCAGCGUCCUGCUGGUGCUGAUCGUGGUCGGCGGGAUCGUGGUCGCCCUGCGCCGGCGCCGCCACACCUUCAAGGGCGACUACAGCACCAAGAAGCACGUGUACGGCAACGGCUACAGCAAGGCGGGCGUCCCCCAGCACCACCCGCCCAUGGCGCAGAACCUGCAGUACCCCGACGACUCGGACGACGAGAAGAAGGCCGGGCCGCUGGGCGGGAGCAGCUACGAGGAGGAGGAGGAGGAGGAGGGCGGUGGGGGCGGCGAGCGCAAAGUGGGCGGCCCCCACCCCAAGUACGACGAGGACGCCAAGCGGCCCUACUUCACGGUGGACGAGGCAGAGGCGCGUCAGGACGGCUUCGGGGGCCGGACUCUGGGCUACCAGUACGACCCCGAGCAGCUGGACUUGGCUGAGAACAUGGUGUCUCAGAACGACGGGUCUUUCAUUUCCAAGAAGGAGUGGUACGUGUAGCCCCCUCUCCAGAGCCUCUGUCUGCGCCCACUUCUCCCCGGCCCCCACCCGCACGCCCCCUGCCCGCCCCCCACGGUCCGCUCCUCCAGGAGCUCAGCAGAGACUCGCCAAGCUGCCCGAAGCCGGCCCCAGACUCCCGGGGAGCGAGGGGCACCCAGGGCAGACCCUGUCUGGCUUUGUUUUUUUAUUUCCUCCCCUCGCCCCAGCCCUUCCCCAUGGUGUUGUGUUCGACUGUGGCUUUGGUGUUGCUGUCCCUUUCCUUUGCUGACCCCUACCCGCCUGCCCUCUGUACAGGGAGCUCUGUUCUCGUCUUGUAUACCUGGGUGUCCCUCCAAGGUUUGGGGAGCCAGCCCUCCCCCCACCCCCCAACACUGGAAUUUGUUUGUAUUCUCUUCAUUGGGGGUGGAGGGCUUAAGGGGCUCCGAGGAAAAGCCCUAGCCUGUCCCCAGACGCUGCUCCUCUCUCCCAGGGAGAGGGACCCCAACACACACACAUACAGCCAAGCUGACACAGCCGGGAGUUUGGAGCCCCAUUCUAGACAGCCAUUGCACCCAAGAGGUAGGGGACAGGGCAUGGCUUCUCCAAGCACCCAGGGAGUCUUGUUAAGUGAAUCCAGUUGAGGCUCCCAGCCAGGUGGCCUUGGGCAGUGUUCUUUCCCUGUGAAGUUGGUUUUACAUUUUUUUUCCUCAUUGGCCUACGGAGGGUUAACUUGGCCCAGCUCUGGUGUAUUCCUCCUCUCCCACCCCUCACAUCUGCCCCAGGCUUGGCGGGCCUCGGGGUGGAUUCUGACUUCCUGUUUGCCUCCUCUGGCACACACACAUACAUCCUCACACACACAUACACACACACCACACGUGUCUGCCCCACCUUCGCCCAGGUCACUUGUCUUUCCCAGGCUGGACACUGCCCAAGGCUGGCCCCUGGCUGCACCUCCUCUCCCCCCUUCCCAUUGAGGAUGGGGGCAGCCUUUAGAAGCUUCCAGGGACAGCCGAGACUCAGCCCCUGGUGCCUCUGCCCUAGGACCUCGAGUCUAACCCCAAACUGCUAUGUCCGACAGAGAAGUUUUUAGGUUUCUCCCUCACCUGUGAAGCGUGGCCAUGCUUAAUUCCCUUGGGAAAAGGAGGAGUCAGGGGAAAUUACCUCCAGGAGUUAGAGGUGAAGAAAUACCUACAAGGAGAGCACUGGGGAAACAGGCCAUAUGGUAGCAGCUCUCUGGCAGCCUGCAAACAGUCGAGAGACUGGAGAAAGUACAGAGUAAGGCCCCCCCACACAGGCCAGUGUCACAGGCUCGCCAGAAAGUGCAGGGGGCAAGGGAGGGAGCCUCCUGCUCUCCCACCUCCUUCCCUGCUGAGAUGUCCUGGUCCCCAGGCUGGGAUGAAGGGGGAGGCCUUGGAAAAGCCCCCCCCCCUUUGCAGUGCAGCUUCCCUUCUGGUAGGGGAGUCUGGAUGUGCUGUCAGCACCCCUGACUUGGUUUCCCCAUCUGUACAAUGGGAAAAGGCUUCCCCCAGCCCUCUCAGGCCUCCCAGCUCAAAGUGCCUCAGUUCCUCCAUCUGCCCACCCAGGUCCUCCCGGCACUGCAGACGGGCACGCCAGUGGGAAGGACCCCUGGGAUGGGAGAGGCAGGCGCAGAGGGCCUUCUCAUGCCUGCCCACUAGGAGUCCAGAGAUCUCAGCCCAGGGUGUGCAGGGCUCUGGGAUGACCGGUGUUGGGAGGGAGGGAGGCGGACUACUCUGUGCCCCACGGGCACUGCCCUGCCCUGCCAUAGGCUUCCCAAGGGAGCCGUCCAGCCCCCCACCCUUCUCCUCCCUGGUGCUGCUACUUGAACCCCCAGCCAGCUCCAUGUCAGCCCUGGGGCAGCUCUCCCUUCCUGGCACUGGGGUACUGGGUGGGGUGGAGUUGGGGGAGAAAAUUCUGGAGUUUUUCUAGCCAUGGGGCACUGGAGGUAGAGGAGCUGGGUCCCAAGACCCCAGGUGGGCUGCUGCUCCCAGCAGUAUUAGCGUCCCCUCCCAGGGCAGAGGACCCAUUCCAUGUUACAUGACUGUCCAUCCCACCCCACGUCACCUCCUCUGGCCCUCCUACUUGGUCCCCUUGCCCCCAGGCAGAAGGCAAUCCCAGGGGCCUGCCUGAAAGAGGCAUCCCCUGUCCCAUUGAAACCAAGAAACUGAAAGGACACUUCCUUCUGUGUCUUCUCUUCCUUGUCCUGCACUGCCACCCCCAUUCUUCAUUAUAGGAUGGACUUAGGAGGCCCCCAGGCCCAGCCAAAGCACUGAGCCCCCCCAUAAGACAUCUCCAUGCCCCCCCCCAAGCAAAGCACAAAUUGUGGGGUCCACGAAGCAUGGGCCACACUAGUUGAGGGUGGGCCUGGGGCAGAGGCAGACACUUGGGCCUAGGGAGAUGAGGUUCUCUGUUCCCCGAGUUCGUGGGAAGGUGAGCACUGCUGCCAGGCCCAUGGAUGCAGCCAGCUGGAAGAGGGGAGAUGAGGACACUUUGCUUCUCCCCCAUGCCCAUGGCAUGGGCUGCACUUCUGCCUUUGCUGGAAGGGCAAUAAGCUAGGGGUGGAUCGUGCCCAGGCCUCCCCAGUUGUUUUCCUGCCUCGUCGCCCUCCCCAUCCCUAGCUUGGCCGACACCCCUAUUUCCAUACAGAUUUUGAUAUUGUUCUAGCGUGUCAUGGAACCAUGAGAGUCCCCUUUGAUGGGAAGGAUUAGAAACGCAGCAGCAUGAAUCAGUGAAGCCAUGCGUACAGGUGCAGCCCCCGCCAACACUACCCGCUGCACGUGGGCACACCCGCCCAGCACAAACCCAGGCCCAUCCAGACACACGCCUGUUUGGCCCUCCACCCACGGGGACCCGGGCUGCUCCUGCUGGGAGCCACAAGGAGAAGUGGUGGUUUCCCAGGGCUGGGACUGUAGGAGAGGGUGGCAGGGCCAUUUCCCUGGGCACGUGCCCCCUCUGCCAGCCACCCCCUCAGUGUGCCCAGGUCACUUGUGCAAUAAUUUUUCUGCCUGUGGAGGUGUCAGGAAUGUGUUAGGAAUAGGCCAGGACCAGGUGAGACAGAUGUGUCCCCUCUCCUGAGAAGAGAGGAGUGGCCACAGCCUCUGGGGGUCCAGAGACCUCCCAACAGGCCUCUCGCACACCCCACACACACAUCCACAGGGGAGACCACCUCUAGCACAGGCAGGCCCCGCUAUUGUUGCCCCCAGGUCUGACGGGCUCUGGGCCCACGUGCUACUGCCCAAUGGAGGGGCCAGAGGAGACGCCCCCUCCCCUCCUGCCUUUCUGAUCCCUGCUGUGAAGAAUGGGAUUCAUGGCUGAAAAAAGUAAUUUUCUUUCUUUUUUGUAUAAAUAAAAGCAAAAUCAAGGAGAAGCUGCCACCCCUCAGCUCUGAGUGUGAUGCGUCACCUUUGCUUCAGUUUCUUUGUCACGGUUUUCGUCUUUGGUCCUGGGGAUGGCCCAGUGGGUCUCCUGGUUCUGACCCAGGGGGUGUUUGCAUUGCCCCCUUUUACUUGUAUAAAAAAAAAAAAUUAUGGGUUAAAAAAAUGUACUGAGGAAAAAAAUGUACUUUUUUAUAAAUAAAGUGUUUAAAACAAACCUGUU